ACACCUUUGCCAGUCAUGGUUUUCAUCCAUGGAGGGGCAUUUAGGGCGGGAUCUGGAAAUUCACUUAUAUAUGGCCCAGACUUUAUAGUUCAAAAGAACGUUGUGCUGGUCACAUUGAACUAUAGACUAGAUGCUUUAGGAUUCCUCAAGCUGGACACGAAGGAUGUUCCUGGCAAUGCUGGAUUAAAAGACCAGAGCCUGGCGUUAAAAUGGGUUCACGAUAACAUAGCUGUAUUCGGGGGCGACCCUGAACUGAUCACUUUGGCUGGACAGAGUGCGGGGUCAGCGUCGGUGACGUAUCACAUGCUGUCACCGAUGUCCAAAGGAUUGUUCAAAAGAGCUAUAGCCAUGAGCGGAGUACCAUUUUGCGAAUGGGCAGUAACGUAUGAGCUUACGAAAAGAUCUUUUGCACUUGGCAAGUUAUUAGGCAGCAACACAACUGAUCCUCAUGAAAUGUUGAACUUCUUACAAAGUCAAUCCGCUUUCAAAAUAGUCCAUAAGUUUCCUAUCGUGAUACCAGAAGAAAUAUUUUGGAAUUUUGGACUGAAAAUGACAGCGUUCCAACCUGCCCCGGAAAAAGACUUGGGGCACAAACGAUUUUUAGUUGAGUCGCCGAUUGAGACGCUCAAACGAGGAAACGUCACUCCAGUAGACUUGCUGUUGGGGCACACUAGUUUGGAAUACUUGUAUCAGCUGCCAAACAUUAAUAGUUCCCUUGUUAAUUACAGUCUAAUGCGCAGGCUACUAAUCCCUCGCGAAAUUAUACUGUACGGAUCCCCGCAGCUGGACUUUGACGCAAUAGCUGAUAGAAUAUAUGACAAAUAUUUCGGCCAAAGAGCCAUUGGCUAUGGCACACUGUAUGAGUUUCUUCAGUACUUCAGCCAAGAAACAUUUGAGUAUCAAAUAAGAAGGUUCCUCAAGUACCUUUCCGCUGUAAUUAAGAAGUAUUUUUACAAAUUCUUCAUCAUAUCGGAGAGAAAUCGGUACGCAUCAUUGGGCGAGCCGUAUGGGAUAGUUGGAGUGAGCCAUUCGGAUGAUAUCGAAUAUAUCUUCGACUCCAGAGUUGCGAAGGGUGGUUUUCCAGUGGGUUUCCCAGUGAGUGUGACAUCUGAGAUCUACAGACUGAUUAAUCAGACUGUCACGUUGUACACAAACUUCGUAAAAUAUGGAAACCCGACUCCGGAUGGCUCCCUCGGCGCAGUCUGGCCACAGUACGACGAGACUUCCAAGGGCUACAUGAAGAUCAACUCUACCUUGAGCGUUGAUAACGAUCCUGACGCUGAUGCUGUGGCCUUCUGGACUAGCAUCUUCAGCGACGCUGCAAAGUUGCUAAAGGGCUAUUGUGCAUCAGCCACCAUGGCUAUGUUAUCAUGGAGGUUGCUCUAUAUUUUAUCAACGAUUAUUUAUGUGGAAUCGACCAUCGUCCGAGUGAACGAAGGACUGUUGUUGGGAGCUCAUAAAACCACGUCCACCGGUCUAGGGGAGUUCUACAGCUUUAAAGGGAUUCCUUACGCGGAACCGCCAGUUGGAAGCCUCCGAUUCAAGGACCCUAUACCUCGUAAGCCAUGGACAGGAAUAAGAGAAGCACUUAUACACGGCCCUAUCUGUAUCCAAUUUAACAAAUUACUGAACAUCUAUUUACCAGGCAGCGAGAACUGUCUCUUUUUGAAUGUUUACACACCAGACAUGACGCCAGAGAAACCUCUGCCAGUGAUGUUUUUCAUUCAUGGAGGUGCAUUCAGGAGUGGAUCAGGAAACUCACUUGUAUACGGCCCAGAUUUUAUAAUUGAUAAGAAAGUAGUUUUAGUCACAAUCAACUACAGGCUGGAUGCUUUGGGAUUUCUCAAACUAGAUACGAAGGACGUUCCAGGCAAUGCUGGAAUGAAAGACCAGAACUUAGCGUUGAAAUGGGUUCACGAUAACAUCCACAAAUUCGGCGGCGAUCCUAAUGAAGUGACUCUGAUUGGAGAGAGUGCAGGGUCAGCGUCAGUGACGUAUCACAUGCUGUCACCGAUGUCCAAAGGAUUGUUCAAAAGAGCCAUAGCCAUGAGCGGAGUACCAUUUUGCGAAUGGGCUAUCACGUAUAAACUAACAGAGCGGUCAUUCGCUCUCGGUAAGUUAUUGGGAAGCAAAACAACUGAUCCCGACGAAAUGUUAAAAUUCCUGCAAGAACAGGAAGCGUAUGAUAUUAUCAAUAAGACGCCUAUUGUAAUACCAGAAGAAAAUGAAUGGCAAUAUAUUGGACUAAAAAUGACGGCGUUCCAACCUGCUUCAGAAAAAGACUUCGGGCAAGAACGCUUUUUAGUCGAACCACCAACUGAGACGCUUAAAAGAGGAAAUGUCUCUGCAGUAGACUUGCUGAUUGGGUACACUAGUUUGGAAUAUCUAUACAUGUUAACAAAACUCAAUAACUCACUCGAAAAAUACAACAAUAUGCGCCAAUUAUUAGUUCCUCGUGAAAUUUUGCUGUAUGGAAAGAAUGAUACAGAUCCAAAUGAUUUAGCUGCUAAAAUUUCAAAACAAUAUUUUGGAAAUAAAGCCAUAAAUAAUGAGACAUUGGAAGAAUUUCUUUAUUAUCAAAGCGAUGAAAUAUUUGGUUAUAACAUCAAUAGGUUUUUGAAAUAUUAUCUGUCUACUAAAAUUAAGACGUAUCUUUACAAAUUCUAUACAUUGUCAGAUAGGAAUCGGUUUUCUUCAGUGGGGGAGCCUUUGGGAAUAACUGGAUUGUCGCAUACAGAUGAUUUGUUGUAUAUAUUUGACUCCAUAAUUGCUCCUGGUGGGCCAGUAGCCCUAUCGUCGAAAAUCUUCAGACUCAUUAAUGAAACAGUUACGUUGUUCACGAACUUUGCUAAAUAUGGGGAUCCAACUCCUGACGAUUCUCUCGGCGUGGACUGGCCCGAGUACGACAACGAUUCCAAGGGCUACCUGAUCAUCAACUCCACGCUGCGCGUUGAUAGAGCUCCCGACGCUGACGUCAACGAAUUCUGGACUGGCAUAUACGAGGAAGGUGGUGUCGAACUGCCGUAAUGGAUUUGGGUUUUAUUCCGUCCAUUUCAGCCGUCGUCCACUGCUGGACAUAGGUCCCCUCCCUCCAAGGAUUUACCACAACGACUUUUCACUUGCUUUCUUUAUUUUUAAUGACAAAUAAAUUGGUGCAAAAGGCGAUUCAAGUUCGCGAAUCUAGGUGAACUAGACAAUAUUAUGUUUAGUAUUUUUUUUAUUAUUUUAUAUUAAUAGAGGUUGCCAAAAGAUUACGAUCUCAUCCUCAAUAAAAAAAUGCAAGCACGAUAGCAUGAAUACUUAGGUAAAAUCGUUGUUCUGAUUUAUAAUAAUUUUCAAUAUUAUUGUGGAUAAUAGUAAUAAGGAAGUUUAUU